UGUGUCCGGAAUUUGAUUAAAUUAUACUUCAAGUUUUAAUUAUUCAAAGUAAAUUUAAUUGUAAAAAAUGACAAAAGUACAAAUGCUUUUCUUAGAGUAAUGAAGAUUACAUUAAUUUUCAUACUAUUUUUUUUUGCUGCAAUGUCGGCAAACUGCAGUGGGACGUUGAUUAUAGUUGACAAAUUACGAAAAAAAGCACUGGAAAUAACACUCAAAAGUCCUAUUUGUCGAAUUUAUAAUAACAGGAAUGAGAUACAAGUACUUUUAAAAACGAAUCCUCUAUUUAUUUAUGAAUCAAUGUAUGUUGAAUCAGUAGAGUUGUUCUAUAAAAUAUGUCAAGGUACACAGCGAGGCCCAUGUCAAAAUAUUGAAUUCAUAUAUCCAGGAACAAAAUGGUGUGGACCAGGUAAUAUUGCCAAAAAUUAUUCAGACCUGGGAGUUUAUCGUGAUGAAGAUAUUUGCUGUCGAGAACAUGAUCAUUGUACCAGAACUUUAGAAACUGGCCAAUGUUAUUUUAAUCUUUGUAAUACUUCUCCUUAUACUAGAUCUCAUUGCGAAUGUGAUGGAAAAUUUCAGCAAUGUUUGAACAAAGUUAAUACAUCUACUGCUCACACAUUGGGUGUCAUAUUUUUUAAUAUAGUAAAAGUUAUGUGCUUUAAAGAAGAAUGUCUGUUUGGGAUAUGUAUUCAAAAGUUUGAAAUAAUACCAAAUUAUCAUCAACAAGGGAGAAGUAUGGAUAUCCUGACCACAGAUCACCUAUUCAAUAUUUUUACAAAAAUUGUAAUGGAUUUUGUGCGUUAUGCAUUAAAAUAAAUGUAUUAAGUUUUUAAAUG